AUGACUCGCGCAGUUCCAAAAGAUCCUUUGAUAUUCGUUCUCGGCGCUACUGGAACCGGAAAAUCACAGCUCGCGAUCGACCUCGCGACACGAUUCAAUGGCGAAAUAAUCAAUGGCGAUGCUAUGCAAAUGUACGAAGGUCUGCCUAUCAUCACGAACAAAAUUACCGUCGAAGAACAAAAUGGUAUAUCGCAUCAUCUGCUGGGUUUUAUUCCCCUAGAUGCCGAAACAUGGACGGUGGGGACAUUCAAAAAGCAGGCCAGCCAGAUAAUCCAAGGGAUUCGAUCAAGGGGACGACUACCUAUUGUAGUAGGUGGGACUCACUACUAUACUCAAUCUCUUCUAUUUGAAGAUGAGCUCGUAUCCACCGGAAAAGCUUCCGGGGAAGGACAGGAUGAUGAACAGCUUUCUAUAGAAGAGUUAUCCAAACGAUUCCCGAUACUCAAUGCAUCUACGGAACAAAUAUUGGAUAGAUUAAGAGAGGUCGAUCCGUUGAUGGCUGCGCGAUGGCAUCCUAAUGACCGACGCAAGAUUCAAACGUCACUUCAAAUAUUCUUGACAAGUGGAAAGAAAGCCUCCGAUAUUUACAUGGAGCAGAAAGAGACCAAAGCCAUAGCCCCGCCAAGUUUGGACGGCAAUCCAAGCCUUCCAAUCGUGUUCAAGAUAGGCUCACCGUUACUUUUCUGGGUACAUGCAAAAUCAGAUAUCCUCAAAUUCAGACUUGACAAACGAGUCGAUAAGAUGAUUGAUGUAGGCUUAUUGGACGAAGUCAAGUCUAUGGAAGCAAUUCGUCAACAGCACAUUCGUUCUGGUGCUGAUCUUGAUCUUUCUCGUGGCAUAUGGGCCUCUAUUGGCUGGAAAGAAUUUGAGCUAUACUUAUGUGCCCUUGAGACUGAAAGCGAGAGCUCAAAAAGGCGAGAUGUUCUUCGUGAUGAUUCGUUGGAAAAAAUGAAAGCAGCUACUCGGCAGUAUGCUAAGCGACAAAUUCGAUGGAUCGGCUUGAAAUUAAUACCAAAACUCGUUCAGGAGAAGGCUCUAGACAAAUUGUAUCUCUUAGAUGGAACAGACGUUUCAUCAUGGUCGGAGAAUGUAUCCAAUCCUGCUAUUAAUAUUACACAAGAAUUUAUUCUUGGCAACGAGCUCCCCACGCCCAGCGAAAUGUCAGAUUUAGCUUUGGAAUUUCUGAAUCCCGAAAAGUCUUUGCAACACUCUCAAAGCAAAGCCCAUUGGAUACCAAAGAAAUGCGAGAUAUGUCAUACUGUCGUUAUGGCUGAAGGCCAAUGGCAAGUGCAUCCUGCGACCCGUGCCCACCGAAGGAUGGUAAAGAGGCUGCAGAGAAGUGGAGCAAACGGUAGGUCUCUUCACGAAGGGGAGGGCAGCACAUGA